ACUUUUAUACGAGGGAGCGGAAAAGAAAUGGGAUAUUAACGUGAAGAUAUUAACCGCAUCCGUAGUAGCUAAUUUGAUAAAGGAAAAUCUAGAAGGUUAUUGUGCCACGUCUGACGAGAUUGAAUUGGAAGAUCAACAAGAAUGGGUUUACCUGAUUUGGGAUGGCAUUGUGAACAGAGAAUACGAGCCAAGUGACUUUGAAACUUUGCAUCUUAUUCCAACAAACCGAGGGAAGCUGCGAAAAAUAAAAGCCAAAGGAAAAUGCCUUUGGAAUAUCAUUGAUAAUGAACUUGACAAUAAAGUCCAACCGCUUAUAGAAAAGUUUGGUGUCACGUUUGUUGAUAAAGAUUUCGAGAAACGUUAUGGGCAUGUCCGGUCAAAGUUAUCUUCGUAUGUUAUUGAUCUUGCCAAUUUACCGUCAGUUUUAUUGUGUUUGCACGAAUCGGCAUCCUACCCUAAAAAUAUGAAAUUUUGUUUGCGAACUGAGGAUGCUUUGGAAAUAAUCGAUUACUUAAGCGCACAUCUUCAAAACAAUGUUGUAUCCAAACUUUCAGACGUCGUAAUUGAUGUGAUGAAGAACUUUCCAAUUUAUUCUGAGAUGGGUCAUGAAGGACGGACUUCAUUCUACAAGAAAGAAAAAUGGUUUUUACUUCCAGAGGAGGAAGAGAGUGACUAUGUUCACAUGAAAAUGCCUAAUCAUAUCGGCUUUCUUGAUGUAAAUUCGAACAACAAUACUCGACAUAUUUUAGAAGACAUUAUUAAGAUUACAAGAUUAACCCAAAUAAAUUAUUGGAGAGAAUACGUGAUUCCAAAUUUUACCUCACAACCUUCACCAGUGUUUGAUGCUAUGGUAGAAAAACUAUUUGUUCGCCUGGAAGAACUUCUCCGAGCUGAUUCUACUUUAAAGGUUAAACUAGGUCAACUUCCUUUUGUUACUGCUGGCACACAUAAUAUGUUUAAGGAUCCUCUCGGCUCUGAUGUACAUUUUAAACAUCUCGGACCGAUGGAUCUAUAUGACCCCAAUGACCAAAAAAUUGUUAACCUAUUCUUUGAGGAUGAAAAAGUUUUUCCGUGCAAAAAAUUUUCGCAAAAGCUAAAAUCACUUAUGGAAUUAGGUCUUAAAACAUAUCUUUUACCUGAUGACAUUAUCGAUCGUUUAAGGACAUUCCAAGAUUACAAAAGUAAAUCAGGGUUAUCUGAUACGGUGCACACGAAAGCAAUGAAUCUUCUCAAAUAUAUCGAUAACAAUUGGAAUAUUAUAUUUGAUAAAGAUCCUGAAAACACGCAACUUUUCUCAGAAAUUUUGGAUCGUGAAUGGAUUCCGACCGUAGAAUAUUCCGGGAAAAAGAGUUUCUCAAAACCAUCAGAAUGCAGAGAUUUAGAAAUGAAACAUUUAAUUUGUUAUGCCAGACCUAUCCUCGACUACGGAAUCAAAAACGAAGAAUUUCUUAAACGUCUUGGUUGGGAUAAAGAUCCAGAUAUCAAAGUCAUCCUUUGUCAGCUUCAGAUGUGUUUUCAAGAAUCGUCAGAAAUCCUUAACAUAUACGAGAUUUGCGAUGCAAUUUAUAAACAUAUGAAUAAAAUUGUAAACGCGUCCGGUGAAGGAAAUGAAAUCGAUACAUUAAAAGAGGAUCUCAGGGAUAUGAAAUGGAUCUUGGUUAAUAGACGAUUCUAUCCGUCUGAAAAUGUUGUUUUCGACCUUCCUAAGGAUUUCGGGAACAAAGACACAUUGAUAGUAGGACUUCCGGACGCAUACAAAUGCAAUUAUAGCAAUUUGUUUGAAAGAAUGGGAGUCCGUUCAGAAAUUGGAAUUAGAGAUUACAUCAAUAUAAUUAAAGUGCACGUUCAGGAUGAUCCCCACGUUAAACUGUCUGUUAGUGAAAUAGACAAAGUGGUAGGAUUAAUUGAUCAGAUUUCGAAGAAGUAUACGGAAGAUAAAAGUUUCACAGAGAUAUUGCAAGAAUUACUUAUACCAACCACACAAGAAAUCCUCGUAAAUUUAGCCGACGUUCAGUAUGAUGACAUGGGAUCGAGGUCAACCGACGAAGAGAAAAAAAUUUACCACGUCGCGCAUCCUUCCAUAUCACUGAGCAUUGCAAAAAAUAUUGGCAUGAAAAUGUUGUCCGUGAAAGAAAGCGCUCGCGUAUUUAAAUUAUACAUCGACGAAAGAGAUUUCAGAGGAAAGGAUCAACCAAGCCUUCUAACUAAAGAAAUGCAUCUCUGGCAAGGUCCCGCCUUAUGGAUUUAUAAUGAUGCGGAAUUUAAAGGAAAUGACUUCGACUUAGUAAGCGGUGAAUAUAUCGCGUUUUUGGAUCCACAUUCCAAAUAUCUUCCCGAACUAGGAAAUCCGCCAAGGAGUCCACUCGGGAGUCGAUACAACUUUUUAAGAGCAAAUUUCAGAGAGAAGUGGUAUGGUCAGGCUGCACCAUACAUGGCCGUGGAAGGAUGCGACUUAACGAAAAAAUAUAAUGGGACCUUAUUUAGAAUUCCACUGAGAAAUUACGAGACGAAAAAUUUAAGCAAAAUAUCUGAUAAAAAGUUCGAUCCCAAUGAUCUUUUAAAUUUAUUCAAAGAUAUCCAGGGAGAUAGAGAGAUGCUGUUUUUGAGAAACAUUGAAGAAUGCAGUGUACACUAUUUGGAUGAGUAUCAGUCCAAGCCGAUCUGGGAGGCUAGAAUCAAUGACAUAAACGAGAAUAUAAGGAAUACACGUUGCUCUAUCACCGACGAGACAAAAAUAUUUCAACUUGAAAUGCAAUUAUUCAAUUAUGAUGAUGUUGUGAGUUCAAAACUUGAAAAUUGGAUUUUAUGUUUUGGAGGAAACAAUCAAGUUAGAGAAGAUUUGAAAGAGUUGACUGAUAAAAAAAAAAGUGCUUGUGCUAUCGCUGCACUAGUUGCACAGACGGAAGGAAACGACGAGAAAGGUAGAAUGUAUUCAUAUUUGUCUCUCCCAAUAAGCAAUGGUCUAAGUGUAAUGUUGAGCGGAGAUUUUAUUCUGUCAAGCGAUCGAAGCAAUAUUAUACUUUCUGAAAGUGCUGAACAUGGACAAGAAAAAUGGAACAAAUACAUAUUACUUGAAAUUUUACCAUCAUUGCAUGCUAAGCUGCUUAACGAAAUUGCAAUUCGCGACUCGCAGCGGUUUGAAAGUUUGCGCAAUAAUCAGAACGAAGAGUUCAUUCCAUAUGUAACAACAAGGGAUUGGCCAAUUAAAUCGAAUCCUCCUACACCAGAAAUUUAUCGAAAAUUUGGGUUGGCAGUUCUUAAGGAGCUGUCUCAACAUGAUUAUCGCGAAGAAUUGGUCAUUAUACCUGAUAUUCUUGUGCAGCAAAAUAUUCAAAUAGUUAAAGUAUCAGAAGAACAAUAUAAGCAUCUUGAGCUUUUAAAGGGGCUUUUAAAUUGCAAACCUCCUAACUUCAUUACUCCUAAUUUGAUAUGGGACACGCUCCGUGAUAAGAGAAAAAUAUGGGAUUCCUAUAUAACAUCCGGAGAUCAAAAAAUUGUAAAGAAAGUCAUUGAUUAUUUAUUAAGAUUCAUUCUAGAAAGCACGGAACCUCAGGAUAUGGCUAUUUAUGAAAGGCUAAUUGGAAUGCCACUGGUUCCUCUUUACGGUGACACUAUUGGAACCUUUUGCGAAAUGGAAUAUUAUAUAGCUGAAGAAGAUCAUCAGAAGUUGUUUAAAAAGACAAGGCCAUCACGCUUUGUGACCGAAUUGCCAUUCGAUAUUAAGAAUAAAGAAAUUUCUAAAUUAUUGAAAAUCUCUGAACUUAACGCGAACGGUAUUCUUAACCUUCUCGAGAUUGAAUUUCCUAUAUCCGAACGAAUGAAUCAGGAUCUCUUGGACGAAUCAUACCCUUAUAAACAAUGGCUUGACCUUAUUCUGGAAAAACUUUGCGAAGAUUCGGAAUUUGAAUAUGAUAGGUUGGCCAUGUUUCCGCUUCUCCCGGUGAUCCAUCCAUAUCGAAAACUCGUCCCGUUCGAUAAAAAUAAUCCAAUAUUAUUUCAGGGUGAUCUUAGAUACUCUUUGAUGAUUAAUGUGUUGAGCGAGUUAGGUAUCAGAUUUACGGAUUUAAAGUUAACCGAUACCGCACAUUCAACGCUUAAGGAAUGUGUAAAUCAACCGACAGAGGUCAACAUAUUAAAAUCGAUCGAGCGAGCAAGAUCACGCUCUGAGAAAUCGAUGGAUGAGAUUUUUAAACGAUUGAAUAAAAACGAUAUUUCAGAAAUCCGAUCUUUUAUCAGAAACUUCUUAAUGAAAAUAAGAUCUAACGAAAAUGAUAAAGAAUUGGAUUUGGAAGUCAAAAAAAUCAUUCGAAGCCUACCAAUUUGGUCCAUAUACUCUCAAGAUAAUUUUAUUGCGGCUCAUAAAGGAUAUCUCCUCAAAUCGAAGCUUAAAAUAUGUUCGUUCAAGCACAUAAAGAUUUUCAAAGUUGAAUCAGAUGCAGAUUACGAUUUGCUUCCCUAUCUUGAUGCCAAUAAAACAAACGAACUUAAAUAUAUCAAAUGGUAUUAUGAAUUCAUGAAAAUUACACCCGAUGAUAAAUAUAUGGAAUUCUUGGAGAGUAUCCUUUUGCUGGGGAAUAAUGAAGUUGAAGAACAUCUUAGCAAAAUUAAUAAAGCGAUUCCAAACAAAGACCGCACUGUUCUUUUCAAAGUCAACACACUUUAUGACAUAAAUGUGGGAUUGUUUCACGAAAUUUUCAGAGAUACCGAUAAAAUGGGACUCAAGAAUUCUAUUAACUCUCACACGUUUAUUGAGUGCGCCCGCGAGAUUGAAAGAAAGUUCAUCGUAACCCCGCAAGCAGAAAAUAACAAAACAUUGGCCCGAAGAUUGGUUAUGGAAUUGUUUUCAAGUUUUGAAAAAUUAUCGUUUGAGCGACAACAAUGGGAUGAACUUUUGAAUAUAAAAUUUAUUCCCACUGACGAAGAUAUGCAUUCUCAAGAAUAUUCUGGUACAAAGGACGUAGUAACCUUUCUGAAUUCUGCCUGUUUUUACAAACAUGCAAAUUUGGUGUGGACAAACGUUCCACUUUUCGACAAAUCACUUGUUCCACCGAUGAAAUUUUUAAAGUCUCACCCCGAUUUAUGCAGACCUAAGCUAUGGAACGUUAUUUGUCAUUGGGAAAAUGUCACAUUAUUAGCUGAAAGAGUUGAUUGGAGAUAUUAUGGAAACAGAAGGCAGUUUCGAGACAUGAUGACAGAAAUUUAUGAAUAUAUUAACUCGCAAGUAGAUCAAAACAAGGAAAUAAUUGAAUCGGCAAUACGUGAGAAAAGGUUAUUUUUAAACGGAGACAAUCCAUUCGAACCGGAAAAUUGGCUAUCCGGAGAUAGCUUGAUCUUUGGAACCUCUGAAGAUAUCAGAAAAGAUAAGCAAACGGUUUCAUCAUUUUUAAAAGAUUACAAAAAACUGCUAACGUUGGCAGGAGCCUGGGAAGUAAAAGAUUUCAAGUUUAGGAAAGAAGAUUUUGUUAAUCGGUAUCAGGAUCAGGAAACAUAUCUAUUGAAGAAUUUGCUUUAUUUUUUGGAGAAACAAGAAGAAACACCGUAUCAUGAUGUUGAAUUCUGUUUUCCCGAUGGUGAAAAAAUUUACGCAAAUCGAUAUGUACUUUCAGCUGCAUCAGAACACUUUAGAACUUCUUUCCAUAGUAGUAUGAAAGAAGGCACUGAAAAUAUAAAAGCAACAAUUAACAUCGAGGACUUUAAACCCGAUACUUUCCGAGAAGCUAUAGGAAAUGAAUGCAAAGUGAAAAAUGUGUUGGAAAUCAAAAAAUUUUCCAAAACUUAUAAUGCAAAACUAUUGGGGAAACAUUGUUUGAAAAUUAUCAAAGCGAAUCAACAAAUACUGAUGGAAAUGAUAAAUGAUGAUGCUAGAGGUGAACAAGAUCUGGAAGAAGAAAUGAUGAUGUUCCAAGAGAUGUUAGAAGAAGCAGAGGAAAUGUCUGAUAUUUAA